GGAGAAACAAAAAAAAAGACGGAAGCUUGAAAGAGGCGAGAAUCUCAACUCUGAAGUUUCUCACUAUCACAGACUCACAGGGUUCGUAUUUUAUACUUUCCGCUGAAUACUUCUCACUAAUAAAAGCGUCUCCAUCCCCGCCUCCAAUCAUUUUUUUCCAAUUAAAGAAAUAUUAUUUCUACCAUAUUCUUAUACCGAGUAUUGUAUAUAUAUAUAUACUGUGUCUUCAAUGAGUUGUUUCUACGCCAAUUGCCCCGUGCUGAAUCUUCUUCUCCUCUAGCUUUCAUAUAUCGCCUAAACCCCUGAAUCGGCAGAUUGGGUUGUUAUUCGAUUGCUGAUUCAGAGGGUUCCUUAAAUUUCUGUCCAGAAUUUUCAAUCAUGAAAGGCAAAGGAGUGCAGGUUCUGGAGGUCAAGAGAGAUGGAUUCUCUUCAAAUUCUCAAUUGGGUUUUCAAUGGAGUCUCCAAGAUGCGAACUUUUGCCCAGGUGGGCUUUUUGCCUCAGUGGGGCAGAUGGGGGGCAGUAUGGAUUUCGGCGUUUCAUCUCCAAACCAACCAGACUCUCGGGACAGUAACGGGGGAUUCAAGCUUCCCAAUUUCGAUUUGUAUUUGAAGUACUUCUCAUCACUUGAGGGGUAUAGGGUUCUUGGAGUUCCUGGGGAGGAGGAAGGGGCUGGCAAGAAGAAGUCCAGGCUGAAGCUUAAGGUUAAGGUUGGGAAUCCUUCACUUAGGAGGCUGAUAAGUGGUGCAAUUGCAGGGGGGGUUUCAAGGACUGUUGUAGCACCCUUGGAAACCAUUCGGACUCAUUUGAUGGUUGGGAGUAGUGGGCAUUCAACUACAGAGGUGUUCAAUUCUAUUAUGGCACAUGAAGGUUGGACUGGAUUGUUUAGGGGAAAUUUGAUUAACGUGAUUCGUGUUGCACCUAGCAAGGCCAUUGAGCUUUUUGCUUAUGACACGGUAAAAAAGAACUUGUCACCCAAACUUGGUGAGCAGCCUAAACUUCGUGUUCCUGCUUCAUUAAUUGCCGGAGCAUGUGCUGGCGUCAGUUCAACCUUGUUGACAUAUCCUCUUGAGUUGGUGAAGACUCGACUUACAAUUCAGAGAGGAGUGUAUGAAGGUCUAUUUGAUGCAUUCGUGAAGAUUCUGAAAGAAGGUGGGCCGAGAGAGCUCUACCGCGGGCUCACUCCGAGUUUAAUCGGAGUGAUUCCGUACGCUGCAACCAACUACUGUGCAUAUGACACCCUGCAAAAAGCAUACAAAAAGAUUUUCAAAGAAGAGAAAAUCGGAAACAUCGAGACCCUGUUGAUUGGAUCCAUGGCGGCUGCUAUUUCCAGCACUGCCACCUUCCCUCUAGAAGUGGCUCGUAAGCACAUGCAGGUAGGUGCUGUUAGCGGGAGGCAAGUUUACAAGAAUUUGAUCCAUGCCCUGGCUAGCAUCCUUGAAAAAGAAGGCGUGCCCGGUUUGUAUAAGGGGCUGGGACCCAGCUGCAUGAAGUUGGUGCCAGCUGCUGGGAUUUCUUUCAUGUGUUAUGAAGCGUGCAAGAGGAUCUUGGUAGAGAAGGAAGAUGAAGAGUAGAAAAGAGCAUUUUAACACACUUAAAGAUGAAAAGGCAAAAUGAAGUCCAUUAUUGAAUCUAUUUAUUACGGAGGAUGUUUUUCUUCCUUAUUCCGACAUGAGAAUGAUUUAGCAUAUUUUACCAGGAAUGCUUUUAAAGAAUUUUGGUUUUGUUUCUAAGUCAAACGACUGGAAUCUGAUUGGGAAGAAAUUUUGGGGGAUCUUUUGAAGGAAAUGGCUUUUAGUUUGUGUCAUUGCUCUCUGGUGUAGUAGUUUUCAAUUGUUCUCUUUACCAGUUACUUUGUUUCCACGUUCUUCAUUAUGAUGUGAACACAACUAUGAAC